AUUCCGUCCACGUUGCGGCUCGCUCUCACACACGACUGAUUCUCACAUCUCACAUACCCAUCAUGCUAUAACAUUGGGAAGUCUGUUGACAUAAUUUUGCUAUUCGAGCAUGAUAUUGAGCGCUUUGCACAGGAUACCAGCUGCGCCCAGCAGCCUCUCCGCAGAAUGAGAAGCCCCUCCACCUUCGACCUCCUCGUCAUCCUCGUCCCGUUCGUCCUGCUCGCCAUCCACGUGUCCCCGACCCUCAGCUACACCCUGCUCUCAAACCAUUCACUCCAGCACCACAUUCCCCCAGCCAACAAAGCCUCUUCCCCUUCCUCCCCGGACCCGGACUUCGACCCCCUCCACGGCACCCUCCUCGCCCCGCUGCUGACGCCCCGCGUGCCGGGCACGCCCGGCCACGCCCGCGUCCAGCACCACUUCGCCUCCUUCGUCCGCGCCCACCUGCACCCCUCGUGGACGCUCGAGUGGCACAACACCACCGCCGCCACGCCCGCCACCGGCGACCGCCAGGUGCCCUUCCAGAACCUCAUCCUGCGUCGCGACCCGCCCUGGACCCGGCCCGGCGGCGGUGGUGGUGGUGAUGGUGGUAAUGGUGCCGGCCAGGGCGAAGGGGACGUGGCGCGGCUGACGCUCGCCGCGCACUACGACAGCCUGUACCGGCCGGAGGGCUUCGUCGGGGCGACGGACAGCGCGGUGCCGUGCGCCGUGCUGCUGUUUGUGGCGCGGGCGGUGGACGAGGCGCUGACCAGGCGGUGGCAGGACCUGGAGAGCCGCGGCGAGGCUGGUGAUGGGUUGGAGGAGGAGAAGGGGGUGCAGAUUCUGCUGCUGGAUGGGGAGGAGGCCUGGGUGCAGUGGAGCGACGAGGAUAGCUUGUACGGGUCGCGGGCGCUGGCCGAAGCGUGGGAGAGCACGAGAUAUGCGGCGGGGAGCAGCUUCGCCACGCCCCUGGAGGCGAUCAGUCUGUUCGUACUUUUGGAUUUGCUGGGCGCGCCCGAACCGCAUAUUCCGUCCUAUUUUCCUUCCACUCACUGGGCGUACCAGCACUUGGCUACGAUUGAGGGAAGAUUGCGGGAGCUGGGGGCGCUGCAGACGACACCUAGACAGCCUUUUUUGGCGGAGGGUAAGAAGGAAGGCGCUCCAGUCUUCAGAGGCUACGUGCAAGACGACCAUGUCCCGUUCAUGCGGCGCGGGGUUGAUAUCCUACACAUCAUUCCCAGCCCCUUUCCGGCCGUGUGGCAUACUAUGGACGACGACGGUGCCCAUCUCGACGUGCCAACUAUUCGGGAUUGGGCGCGCAUCAUGACGGCGUUUGUGGCAGAGUGGAUGGAUUUGGAGGGCUACCUCCCACAGGCGACGGCUAGUAAUGUGGAUAACGGUAGCUCUACGAAGGACGAGUUGUAGAGACGCGUAAACUAAACAAGUCUCGGCGGGUACAACCCGUUUUGUGAUACUGUCCGCACCUGGGCCUGGCCAUGAGCUCAGGAGACGCGCAUUACCCUAACCCUGAAUCUCGAAUUCUGACAAUGACGACGUUGAAUCAGCGGCCACGCAUCGAAC